AUGAAGCUUUUACUCGUUGCAAUCUUUGCCGCUCUCGUCUCCAUCACACAGGCUUCACCUAUUGAAAGCCAGGAUGUAGAGAUACCAGAACUGGCAGCAGAUGCCAUGGAACCAAUGGAGAUGUUGAACGGCGCUCGUCAACGGAUCUGCACGGCCGCGUUGUGUCAAUCUGUAUGCAGGAGUCUGGGAUGGCGCACGGGCAGCUGCAACGCGCAACUAUUGUGCAUCUGUCGACGUUAA